AUGCCUCUUAUGAUGGCUGACAAUAAACUUUCCCCCUCGUCUCUCUCUCCAAACUUCAAAAAUGAGUAUUUAGAGAACAUAGUCUCUCGUCCCACCACCACCAACAAUGACAACGACGAUACAUUGUUGAUGCCACCACCAUCAUAUGCACAAACCUUCUCUAAUGGGUAUAUGGAUCUCUCUCAAAAUCCAAAGGAGGAAAUUACCAAAAAACGUAAGGGUAGACCCCAAGGCUCUAGAAAUAAACCUAAAUCACGCAUCAUUAUUGAGGAAAACACAGAAGCCCUGGCAAAAGUAGUUACAAUUAAGAUCUGUGUUGGAGAAGAUAUUGUGGAGACUCUAGUUAACUAUGCUAUACGUCGGCAAGUUGACAUAGUAGUGUCGAGGGGUUUCGGUCUUGUAUGUAAUGUUACUCUUCUUGAUCCGGUAUCUUGUGUCCCGUUAUUACCCAUCGAAGGACCAUUACAUAUGACAUCUUUAUUUGGAACAUAUGUAAAUCCUAAUUGUGAAUGCGUUCCUUCACAAUUCAUAGCUAAUCCACCAUGUUCCUCUUUUACCAUAUAUUUCUCUGGUAUUAAUGGGCAUGUGUUUGGCGGAGUUGUUGGUGGAAAAGUUAUUGCUGCUGGAAUUAUUUUUAUCAAUGCCACUCUUGUCAAGAAAACUACAUUCCAUAGAGCGGUUUCUAUCAAGAGAAAUGAUCGACAAAUUGAAGAGGGUGGACCAAUACGUGAAGAUGGUGCCAUCAACAAUGAUGACCAUCUAGCACAUGAAUCUCACAACAACAACAAUAUUGUUUUUCACAUGUCAACAACCUUCAAUAACGUGGGUGCUAAUUCAACUCAAUUGAAUCAUCAAAUGUCCCAUAACUAUCUUCCUACGGAUGAGAGUGCCAUGUCGUGGAACCACUCAACUCACUAA